UUCAAUAUGGAAAAUUCUAAGAGAGGAUUGAUUCCUGUUAGGCAUGGAAUUCACCUUUCGAAGGAAAUGUCUCCAAAGACUUCUGAAGAAAGAGUUGAAAUGGCAAAGAUACCAUAUGCUUCGGCAAUUGGUAGUCUUAUGUACGCUAUGUUGUGUACGCGGCCAGAUAUUGCCUAUGCAGUUAGUUUGACUAGCAGAUAUCAAUCCAAUCCAGGUUCAGAACACUGGAUGACGGUUAAGAAUAUCUUUAAGUACUUGAGAAGAACUAAAGAUAUGGUCUUAACAUAUGGAGGAGGUGAUCUUAAAAUAGAUGGCUUUACAGAUUCUGAUUUUCAAUCAGAUAUAGACGAUCGUAAGUCUAUAUCUGGAUUCGUAUUCACAUGUAAUGGAGGAGCAGUGAGUUGGAAGAGUUCCAAACAAGAAACCACUGCAGAUUCCACUACAGAAGCCGAGUAUAUUGCGGCAUCAGAUGCUGCAAAGGAAGCUGUUUGGAUUAAGAAGUUUGUUUCUGAACUUGGUGUGGUUCCUACCAUUGAGUCGGCGGUUCCUCUUUUCUGCGACAACAAUGGUGCUAUAGCCCAGGCAAAGGAACCCCGGUCUCACCAAAAAUCCAAACACAUAGAAAGGCGAUAUCAUAUUAUCCGAGAAAUUGUUGGAAAAGGAGAUGUGUCUCUCCAAAAGAUAGCAUCAGCCGAAAACACGGCUGACCCACUGACAAAGCCCAUGACCCAGAGUCAAUUAGAUUUACAUCUUGAGAAGAUGGGGCUUAGAUAUAGUAGCCAAUGGCACUAGUGCAAGUGGGAGAUUGUUGGUAGUUUGUGCCCUAGGGCCAUUUUGUAUUUAUUCUUGUAUAAACAAAUCCCAUUGGCAAUGAUAUAUAUGUUUUUAUUUGAACUAAGUGUCUCAUCAACUAAGUGUUUAUUUAAUACAUAUUGUCCUUAUCACAUUGUGAUAGAAUCUAUUCUUAAGGUAGUAAGAAUAUGAGUGACAGAUUCUAUUAUACAAGUGAUCUAAAUAAUCGUUCACGAUCGAUGGGGUCCUACGAAUAAGGGCAUCGCAUUAUCCCGAAAAGAUCGUCACCUCUGUUUAUUCUCCUGAUUAGUAAAGAGUUACUAAUUAUAGGAAGUAGUGAGUCUCAUACUACUUGA